CUGUGCUGUUUGUGUUGAUCUUUAUGACGACUGUUACGUGGUCCAUUUCCAUGUCCAUGCCCAACUUUUGUCCUGUAUGCGAUACUUCAAAAUGUGAGCCAAUAGAAUCAUGUUCCACGGAAAAGUUGCUUGACCAAUGUGGAUGCUGCACCGUUUGUGCCAAGGGACUACAAGAUCAGUGUGGUGGGAUUUGGAAUCACGCAGGAACUUGUAUGAAAGGCUUAAAGUGUCAACCAAAUUCUUCAUACCCCCAGUUGCCUGGGAGGUGUGUUGUUGAAGCCGCAGAAGAAACAACACCAGUUAAACCUUUGGGUUAAUUUUAGAAACCUGAAACUUUGCAAUUUUUUCUCCACUUAAUUCUUUUUUGCUUUGUUGAUAAUUCUUCAAGCACUUAAGUGCAAAUAAGGAAAAAAUAUAUUUGUUAAUUGAUUUAAUGUGAAUGAUUAUAAUCUUGUGUUAAAUAAGUUUUAAUUUUUUCUUCUGUAUUCAGAGAUCAUCCCUAAUGAAUAUAAAACUUUAUUUACAGAUAUAAAAUGAGCUCUGAAAUGUUCUUCUCAUGGUAUAUUGUAUGUUUGUGUGAAAAUAACAAUCAUUUAAUUUUGUGUAUUGAAAGUAACUAACAUUGUAUCUAUCACCAUGAAUGAAUAACCUACAUGUCUAGUUAUUUACCAAUAAUAAAAGUUGAUAAAAUAACGUUUCACACAUGGAUCGAACAAAACAUUUGUCUAGUAACUUGCAAGGCUAAAACGAAUCUCCAACGUACUGAUAUUAACAUAUAAACAUUUCAUAUUUGCCGUUAUUCUGUUACAAUAUAAUAAACCUGACUAGAAUCUAAUAAGAAAUGUUUACCUAAAUCAGAUUUUCUAGUUUUAAAAUAUUUACGAUCUGAUAUUGUUGAGAAUAUUUGAAAUUAUGUCGUCACUUAAAGUGUAUUGAAUUUGUUCAAUUUCAUAGUUUAUUAAAAUUGAAUUAAAAGACGAAUGUAGAGUGAACUGUGUUAUGACACACGUUAUUGUCCAAACACUUAUAUAAAACAUUUCCAAAUAAAAUAUGGCAAUACGGUGGAUUUUCUCUGUC